AUGGGUAUUUGGCAUUUUUUUUUUGCUCAUGCUGAUUUUGAUUGUUUGAGCGUUUUGACAGAAAAUAAUUUUUCAAUUUUGGACUAAUCAACGUUGUUUCUAUUUAAAAAUGGCCAGUUUAGAUAAAAUUGUUCGAGAAAUUGGAGAGCAGAUUGAAGAACUGAACCGGUUGAAAGGUGAAGCUAAAUUGGAUUCUAAUCAAAAAUUUAUACAGAAUGAAAUUAAUCGUUUGUCGUUGGUGAAACAAAACCAUGAGAAAAAACAGGCUGAAUUGACAAGUAAUGGUGGUGGCAAGACUGAGCAAUUGGGCGUUAUUACGAUUACCAAUUACAUGUGGGAUCAAAGCGACGAACAUAUCAAGAUCUACAUUGAAUUGAACAAAACAGACAAAAUCGAAAAUGGCGAAAUUCGUUUGGAAUUCUCCUCUGACACUAAAUUUACUUGUAUUUUUGGUAAAUAUCGUUUUACAUUGGGACGUCUAUUCAAGCCAUUGGACCAGACAAAAAGCAAAGCUAUUAUAACUAAAUCGAAUAGAUUAGUAAUUACAUUGCACAAAGUCAAAUCGGAACAUUGGUCAUCACUUCAAUCAACUACUGGUACUACUCCCAAAUUGAUGGAUGACAAGCCUGAAAUUGAUUCUGAUGAUCCACAAAAGUCAUUGAUGAAUUUGAUGAAAAAGAUGUACGAUGAUGGUGAUGAUGAUAUGAAAAGAACAAUUGCUAAAUCCUGGUACGAAUCACAGAAUAAACAAGGUUUACCCGAUAUGCCAUAGAGAAUGAUUUUUAUCUAUUACAAAAGAAAAAAAAAUCAAUUGAUGAAAUUUUACAUUGAUAAUAAAUAAAGUUUCCAUGUUUUUUCAUUCAAAAA